UGAGUUCAGCUGUGUUGUCUGAAUUCACCCCCAAACUCAGAUGAAACUGCCCAUGGGUUUUCUCAGUUACUGUGCAACCACGAUGAUAUGAACGUUAUUUUCUUUAAAUAACAAAGUUGAUGUCCACAUUCCUGCAGAAUCAACUCUGCAUUGGAGACUCUAGUCUGCAAUGCAUAACUCUGACAUGGCUAUUGGGGAUCUUAGGCUGAUUUACUGAUUUAAACAUUCUUCAGUCAUAGCUGCUCUGAGGUUGAAAAAUUCUUCCAGCGGGACUCUCCCUUGAUGCUCAUAAUUUUAGAGGAAAGACCAGUUGAAUUAUUAAUACAGAGAAUUUAGAUAAGAUUCACAUUUCUCUGUUUCGAACUGCUUCCCAUUAAUAGGGGAAAUUGGAAAUUUAUCAUUUAGAUCUCAUUAAAAUUCACUCCCCUCCCCUUCUGAUAUCUUGUAGUGAAAAUGAGAAAAGGAACAAAGCACAGACUCCUCUUGUCUGUUAGGUCUUUCAGAGAAUAUAGGCCAUCUUUCUUUAAUAAAUUAUUUGCCUUUGGAUGUGGAGAGAACAUUGGCUGUAUAAUACAUGGGGUUGUCUUGUCCACAUCAGUAUAACAGUUGUAGGGGUACAUACCAGUUGCAGGGGAGUAACAGCAGGAGAGAGGGCAUGCCCUCAGCUUCCUUGCAGCACCUGGUCGACCACUGUGUGAAACAGGAUGCUGGACUAGAUGGGCCUUGGACCUGGCCCGGCAGGGCUAUUCUUAUGUUCUUAUAUUUGGAAAUACCUGGAAGCUUGUGAAAAUCUGCAGAAAAUUCGGGUUUCUUUAGUCAGAAGUAGAGUGCAUAAGAAAUAAAGUACCAUGUGGGGUUAUAAGAGUUGUUUCAUCCUACUUCAGGCAUUCUUAAACUUGGAUCCCCAAAUGUUGCUGGACUACAACUCCCAUCAUCCCCAGCCAUGGCAAAAUGCUUAGUGAGAGUUAUAGUCUAACACCAUCUGGGCACCCAAGUUUGAGAACCCUAACCCUGCCCUACAUGUUGCUGUGUAGUUCUUGGAGUAUGUGUAUUAUUUCCUGGUUAAUGGUGUCACUAAAAGGAAUAUAGAAAAAGCUGCUCUUCCCUGCUUCAAUGAGAGUGAUAAGUAACUAGAGUAUACUUAAAGCAACAGAAGAAGAAAGAAGUCCAGUAGCUCCUCCUUCUCCAUCUCGCUUCAGGCCCUUCCAGUUUCCUUUUUCUGCAAGAGGGAACUUUCAAACUUUGGAACAGCCAAUGGCGGACUCCUAUUCCUACAGGGGUGGGAAGAAGAUUGCAGGAUCCAGCAAGAACAGCACAGAAAAAGAGGGCAACAAGACAGAGCUGAAGAUAAACCCAGCAUAUGAGCAAUCAAGGCUUGGAAAUGCAACCAAUGACAAAACAGAAAGCAAAAAGAAAGGAAGACCAAAGGCAGACAGCCAGGCCCUGAAGGAUAUUCCUCUGCCUCUGAUGAACCAGUGGAAAGAUGAGUUCAAGGCCCAUUCCAGGGUGAAAUGCCCCAACUCAGGCUGUUGGCUGGAAUUCCCCAGCAUCUACGGCCUGAAAUACCACUACCAGCGCUGUCAAGGGGUAAGGAGGACAGAGAGCGCCAUCGUGGAGAAGCGGACCUUCCCUUGUCCCUAUUGCGAAGCCGCCUUUACGUCCAAAACCCAGCUGGAGAAGCACCGCCUCUGGAACCAUCUGGACAGGCCAUUGCCAGCGGCCGCGCCCCCAUUGGAGAACAAAGUGCAGAAAGCCGCUGGCAAGGCCGGAGGCAAGAAGAGAGCCGCCGAGGGUUCAGCUUCCUCCACCGUCCAUCCCAAACAGGCAAAGAUGGAGAAGGCUGUUGCCCUGCAGCGCCCCGAGAACGGAGAGUGCGCGCCCAUGAACCAGGGCAGCCGAGAGUCCCAAGCCAAGGCAGCUGGUGGCAGAGUGGAGGCGGCUACCCCAGCCACACAGCCGUCUGGUGGCCGGAGCUCCAAACACCAUGCGAGCAGACAGGCUGCUGUGCAGGAGGAAGACCCCGAGAGGAUGAAGCACAAGUUAGGAAGGAAACAGAAAACCCCUAAGAAGUUUACUGGGGAGCAACCGUCCAUCUCAGGAACAUUCGGACUGAAAGGGCUGGCAAAAGCUGAGGACAAGGCAAAAGCACAUCGGGCGAAGAAGCUGGAGGCGGCCCUCAGCAGCAGCAGCAGCAACAACGAAGACUUGAAAAAGAAACUGCCGGGAUCCAGCGUGAAAAAGGAGGCAGCUCUAACUUCGGCAGCUCCUUCUACAACAGUGAGCCCCGAGGAGCAGUGGCAGCGGACCAUCAGCGAGAAGGGGGAGGUGGCCUGCCCGACCUGCAGCAUGAUCACUCGGAAGACCGUCCUCGGUCUCAAGAAGCACAUGGAAGUCUGCCAAAAACUGCAGGAUGCCUUGAAAUGCCAGCACUGCAAGAAGCAGUUCAAGUCCAAAGCUGGGUUGAAUUAUCACACCAUGGCUGAACACGUCAACAAGCCUGUUCCUGUGGAAGCUGCUGCCCCUCUUAAUGAACACGAAGAGCGGGAGAGGCUGAGGAAGGUCCUAAAGCAGAUGGGGAAACUAAAAUGCCCCAACGAGGGGUGCAUAGCAACCUUCUCGAGCCUUAUGGGGUACCAGUACCAUCAGAAGCGGUGUGGGAAGCAGCCCUCUGAAGUGGAAAAACCAGUCUUCAGCUGCCCACACUGCGGGAAGACUUACAAAUCCAAGGCUGGGCACGACUACCAUGUGCGGUCGGAGCAUCCGUCGACGCCUCCUGAACAGCCUGAAACGAAGCCCGAAGUCAGCCCGGUUGAAGAUUUUGAAAGGACUCCAAGUGGCAGAAUCCGUCGCACAUCAGCCCAAGUUGCUGUCUUCCACCUGCAGGAAAUAGCCGAGGAUGAGCUGGCCAAGGACUGGACCAAGCGGAGGAUGAAGGAUGAUCUGGUCCCUGAAACAAAGCGACUAAAUUACACCCGUCCUGGAUUGCCGAAGUUGAAUCCAAAGCUUCUAGAGACAUGGAAGAAUGAAGUAAAGGAGAAAGGACACAUCAACUGCCCUAACAAUUGCUGCGCAGCCAUCUAUUCCAGCGUCUCUGGCUUGAAAGCCCACCUUGCAAACUGCAACAAGGGCGACCACUCUGUGGGGAAGUAUCAAUGUCUUCUGUGUCAGAAGGAGUUUAGCUCAGAGAGUGGCGUCAAGUACCACAUCAUUAAGACUCACUCAGAGAACUGGUUUCAAACUUCUACAGAAGUCAUCCGGAAAAAGAAGAACCAAGAACAGACCGCUCCCAGCAAUGAAGAAAAAAAGCAAAGCACAGAUGGGAAGAAAAGGGGGCGAAAGCCAAAGGAAAGACCCCCGGAAGUGUCCGCUAAAAGUAAAGAGAGCACGAUAGGAAAGACGAACCAUAAGAAAGCGACAGGGUCGUGGCAGACUGCAGACUGCAGCCCUGACGGGCGAGAGAGAGGCAGCAAGGCUCUGCACAGCAAAAAAGGGGGUGCGAGCAAGAUGCCCGAAAAAUAAACAAUCAAGAAGACUCCUUAAUGAUUAGUUUACAGCCCAGGGUAAUGGGGUAAGGGGAAUACUCCCAGUUUGCUGGGGGCCCCACCCUCUGCUCACCCCUUUUUAAACAUGGAAUACCACUUUAAAGCAUAAUCACGGACAUUUGUUUCACACUGGAAGAAAAGGAAAAAAAGACGGUAGGAUUCCUGCGUUGAAAAGCCCCAGGGACCAUGCAUAGACCUGUGCUCGUGGGCACCUGUGGGCUGGGCACCCUGUCCAUGGACCGGUCGAAUACUACAGCUGCUGGCGGGAAGCUCCAUUGAUCACUUCCUCCUCUUCCUCCUCCUGCUGUCGUCUUUGAAACUGACACCGCUCGAGCAAGGGGAGAGCGGGUUUGUGCUGUUUGAUCCGGGAGGAGAGCAAACGGGUGCUGUUCGAGCGAAGGGAGAGACAAGUGCAAUAGGAACCCAGUUGUAAGCUCUUCAUUCUAUUUUAUUUGUGGAUUGCUUUUCAGGUAGCAGUCAUGUGUUAGGAAAUAGAGCUGGUGGGAAUUCUAUGAAUGAAAUUAUUGUUGUGAUUGUGGUUGCAAACCAGCUUUCUUUUAUAAUUUUCAUAGAAAAUGCUUUUAUAAAAAGAAAAGUUCUGAUCAAAUUGUUUGACAAUGGAUAUUUCAGAAUUUUUGUUGUCUUUUUGUUACCCUGAUUUUGGAGUUUAUGCUCCAUUUAGAUUUGCCAGUAGAUUGGCAAGAGAUUGCCGUCCAUUCUGGAAACUCUUUUAUUUCUGUUGUUUUGGUCAACAUUUUGGAAAAUGAAGUGUUUUUAGAAAACUAAAGUUUUGGGGCUUUUGGCAAUGAGACAUUUUGGAGGUCGUCUCUUUGGGAGUUUUGAAGAUUGUCAUUUUUCCAAAGUGUAAAUUACCUGGAUAGUUUUAUUGUGGAAACCACAAAAGUUUUGUAAAACUUAUACUUUUAAGAAAGCUUUGAAAGGAGACUAUUCAUUGAUUAUGUUCAAGAACAUGCAAAGAGAAAGGAAAGUACUACAUUGGUAUAAUUCAUUCAUCAUUAUUUAAUCCCAGUUGACUUCUCUAGAAGAUUCUAUUUGUGUGGCAUCAUGGGGCUUGUUAUUCACUGUAUCCUGGUGCGUAUAUUAUGUUCUUUCAAUCGAUCUGAUCCCCACAGCCCACCUGUGUUAUGGCUGAUCUUUCACCCAUCACAUGGCUAAAGGGAUCAGUUGUGGGACCAGUAUGCGCUGCCGAAUGUGCAUGACUGACCAGCCUCACAGUUUUAGCACAGGAAUGUCCUGUACUAGAGGGAAUAUGGGUGUCUUUUCCAGGUGUGCUUCCCAUACAUCUGGUUGCAUCAAAGUGCACAGGAAGCCUUGUGCCUGGUUCUCACCAGGAGUGCAGCUACAAUUGAACAAGGGGUAGGGGGCAGGACACAUGUCCCCGGGCCUCUGAGGGAGUGGAGCCUGCUGACAGCUUGUUCCUUGCUCUCCUGCUCAUCCCUCUCUGAAGAAGAAGCGGGGAGCAGGGCCCCAUUUUCACUUUGAGGUCAUUCACACAACUGAAAACCGGGUUGGACAAGUGCCCUACCCAAGAUUGAGAGCUGUGUGCGCUCCCAGUUUUAAGUUGUGUGGGAGCAAACAACUAGGUAGGAGGAGGGAGAAGUGAUUGUGUGGAAUCAAGGUAGGAUGAAAAGCUGGGGAGGACAGCUUUUGGUCAAAUGCUGGGUAUUAAAACUGGGGAGAACAGCCCUGUCCUCCCCAGCUCCUGUCUCCCACACAAUUGCUUCUCCCUUCUCCUAUCUAGUGGUUUG